AUCCUGUCUCAACUUUCUCCUACUAAUGUCAACAAUCCCCAGGAAGAACUCCUAUUUCGUCCUGGAUACCUUUCUGAAACAAACUCUUCGGAGAUAUCUUGUCACUAUGGCGAGCCCUCCGAGAGCCCCCAAGAGAAAGGUCGACCAAAGCGCCCCCAUCUCCCCUCCUCCACUGCGACGGAAGCUCCAGUCUAACACAACACAAACUGCCGUUGCAUCAUUCUUCACCCCGUCAUCCCAAAAGCCACUCGAGAAGAUCAUAUGGCAAGAGCGAGCCCCGAGUGACGAUGCACCAGAGAGUCUCAUUGUUGGGAUUUAUGCACAAGCCAAGGACUCUGUAGAAGGCCAAAAGCCUACUGGUGGAGAUGUCAAGCGUCGUAAAAUUGCAGCGUUCGACUUCGACUCAACUCUCAUUCAAACUUCAUCAGGCAAGAAGUUUGCUACCGAUGCCAAGGACUGGAAGUGGUGGCAUACUUCUGUCCCAGCCACUCUUCGGAAAUUGUACUUGGAAGAUGGUUUCAGAGUUGUGGUAGUCAGCAACCAAGCUGGCAUCUCUCUGAAGCCCGAUACUAAAGGUCCGAGAACUACUGUGUCCAAACUUGCUACCUUCAAAAACAAAGUCUUGGCCGUUUUCGGCCAGCUGAACAUUCCGAUAAGCAUAUAUGCAGCUACUGGAAAAGAUAUCUAUCGGAAGCCAAGGACGGGAAUGUGGACAGAACUCCUUAACGACUACGAUAUCGAGUUGGAUAGCCUCGACCUUGACAGCUCCAUUUUCGUUGGUGAUGCUGCAGGCCGUGAAGCGUUGAACGGCCAGCCGAAAGACUUCUCGUGUUCUGAUCGAAACUUUGCCCAUAAUGUUGGGAUUAGAUUCUACACCCCGGAGGAAUACUUCCUUGGAGAAGCAACACGCCCAUUCACACGGACAUUCGACCCCAAUGAAUAUUUGAGAUUAUCUGCAGGUGAAGUCCUCGAACCCUACACCAAGAAGAAUCCUUGCGAUAUAGUAUUAUUCUGUGGCAGCCCAGCGGCAGGAAAGUCGACAUUCUACUGGAAGAAUCUAGAGCCUCUGGGAUACAAGAGAGUCAACCAAGAUAUUCUUAAAUCUCGAGAAAAGUGUCUCAAGGUCGCCGGAGAGUACCUUAAGGAUGGCAAGGCUGUAGCGAUUGACAACACCAAUGCAGAUCCCGACGUGCGAAAGAAAUGGAUAGAAUUGGCUGCGAAGCAUUCUGUCCCAAUUCGCUGCGUGUUGUUCACAGCAGGAUCUGAGAUUUGUGAGCACAACGAUGCUGUGCGAGCACUCAACAGCACGGUAUGCAUAUGCCACCCCUAUUUCCCAACCAAUGGAAUUGUCGAGGCUGAACUGUUGUGUUGGCCAAUUCUCAAAUUAGAAUUUAGCACUUGAACCUACUACUAAUUGCCAGAGCAGAUGAACCCUGAAAAGCGGGCGAUUCUUCCCGGUAUGGCUUUCAAGAGCUUUGCGAUGAGGUAUAAACGUCCAGAGUUGAGCGAAGGCUUCCAAGAUAUCACAGAGGUACCAUUCAAGGUAUGUUUACUUUAGGCCAUUAAAUCAGGACAGACAAAUGCUGAUCCAUGCAGUUUCUCGGGAACGAGGUUGAACAACAGACUUGGACUCGACACUGGACUUGACAACCUAGGUAUCGUUUGCCUGUCGUUGGACGGAAAUGAAUGAUGCGCAUGAAGUUACCAUGUGCUCUGCAUGCUUGUCAGAUAGCUGAAUCCGAUACGGCCAAUCUCAAUGGCUCGCAGUGUUACAUCCGCAGAAAUCCUGUGCAAGGACAGGAAUUGACAAUUGACGGUAUGCUCCCUAUCUUUGCCAAGUGGACCCUACUACGAGGUUGUUACAAUUCCAGCAUUCUCUCGAUAGUGCGGCGGCUGAAUAUGGCGGUUAUGAAAAGUUCUGCACUCGUCGAGUAGCAUCAAGGUCUCGGCAAAUUCAAUCCAUACACCAACACAUUUGAUGACAUGCAUAUCGCAAGGAAAACUCGGCAGGAGUUCCCUCGGAGACUUAUUAAAGUAAAUGCUGCAAUGUGCCAAUCCUGUGACUAACCAGGGAGCUUGUCAAGGGAUCCAAAUGCAGCCAGUGAGGAGUAUUCUUCGAGAUACACAUCUGAUGAUCACAUUCUCGCAAGUCCCGAAGGGGAUUUACACGUUGUGAGGAUUCACAACGUCACUAUGAGUCUCGACAAUCGUAAAGUAGCUAAGUUAGCUAGUGGAGCUUUCAGCAAAGGUCCAUUGAUCAAUCAUCGACAUGAGAAGCGCAAGCGAAGGGUAGCAGUCGUAGCAGGUCGAGUAAGAGUUUUCAUCUCGCGUUAUUUGUUAUUGAUCGGCA